AUGUGCAAGCGUCACAAAGACUGCUUCAAGAUGGUGGAUGUUGCUAUCCGCAAAGGGACGUCACCAAUCAAGAUCCUUGAGAUCAAGGUGAUAAUACAAGACGUCAAUGACCAUCGACCAGACUUUGCUGAUAAGCAGGUCAACAUUCAGUUUUCCGAAGGAGACUUUAUGGGUACCAAAAUCUCAAUCCCUCAUGCCAUGGAUAGAGAUGUAAGUAUUGUCAAUUCCCAGAUUACAUAUCAGCUGAAAAAGAAGACCAAUGAGCCAUUUAAACUUUCAGUAUCUAAAAGUGUUUAUGGCAUGUCAAAACUCGGAAUUACUUUAGAAAAGCGACUGGACAGAGAGGUCCAAGAUUCUUACAUGAUCCAAGUAAUUGCAAAAGACGGAGGCACCUCACCAAAGCAAAGUGUCUUGGAUGUUCACAUUUCUGUAACUGAUGUGAAUGAUAAUUUUCCAGCCUUCUCUCAAAAUGUUUACAAUGUCUCAAUCAAGAAUGAAUGUAGUGACAUCUCACCUGUUGUUAUUUUAUCUGCAACAGACUUGGACUCAGGCGAGAAUGGUCGACUCACUUAUCAUUUCAGCCCGGAGACGUUUGACAUUGCUGAGACCCACUUUAAGCUAAAUGAGGUGACGGGUGAGAUAUUCUUGUACAAAAAGUUCCCCUUAGGAAAGAAAUCGACGUACGAGUUGUAUGUUGAGGCCACGGACGGAGGCAACCCCCCUUUGAGUUCCGUAGCAAUGGUUCAAGUUAACUUGAUCAACCAGCAGAACAAUGCCCCAACAAUUGACAUGAACUUUGUCUCUGCCUCUACGCGAAAUACAGUUGCCAUUUCGGAAGACAUUGCAGUUGGCAGCUUCAUUGCCUACGUGAAGGUCAUUGAUCAUGAUGUCGGACAGAAUGGCGAAAUCAGCUGCUAUCUGUACCACGACAAGUUCCAACUGCAGAAUCUUGGCCCUAAAAAAUACCAAGUGAUUGUCAAGAAUCCGUUGGACAGAGAGACAGAGGACCAUCAUGACAUUACCAUCAGCUGUCAGGACAAGGGGUUCCCACUCCUGCAUAGCGAGAGCAAGUUCUACAUCCAAGUGAUGGAUGUCAAUGAUGUUCAACCGCAAUUUCCUAAGGAAACUUAUAAGUUUAGGAUCUACGAGAACCAACGCCCAAAACUUCCUGUUGGCUUCAUCAAUGCUACAGACCCUGAUAUGGGGCCAGGUGGCAAACUCACCUAUUCUCUGCUAACCAAUAACAAAGAAUUCUUACCAUUCCAAAUCACUGACAAUGGUCAGAUUUCUACUGUCAUGUCAUUGGACCACGAGUUUCAGGAUAUUUACAAAUUCCAGGUGUUUGUGAAAGACAAUGGAACACCAUCUCUGAACAAUACGGUGAAUGUCAUCGUGGAGGUCAGGGACAAGAAUGACAAUGCUCCAUAUUUCACAUUCCCCAGUGUUAACCCUUUUACUCUUGACUUCCACUACUAUCCGCAUCACACGAACAAUAUCACUGUGUUGCGUGCAUCAGACAGUGACAGUCGAGAGAACGCCUUUCUGAAGUACGAGAUAAUUGAAGGAAAUAAGAAUCGUCUGUUCGCGAUCAACCACUACACCGGUCUGCUAACGUUCACCCGUGUGGUCACCCAGUAUGAUGCUGGCACAUACGACCUGCAGUUUGUUGUCAAGGACAGUGGCACCCCAGUUUUAUCAGCCAUCGCCACGCUUAUCUUGAAACUGACUGUGAGUAACAAGACGUAUGAGAUGCUUAAUGCAAUCCACAUACGAACUCACAACAAGAUACACUUAGAUUUUAUGAUUGCCAUUGUGCUGGUAGCUAUUUCUGCAUCUGUGAUUAUUACAGCCUCAGUGUCAAUAUGCAUCCUUCGUUGCAACAGCCAGAGAAAUGUACCACACAGCUGCGUGGACAAUACUCCAGCCAACUGUGAGCAGACCCAUGUGAAGAGUUCUGCCUAUUUGGUGAGCUCUUUACGAAAUGUCCCAGUCACAAGGACAGAUCUUGAUCGAACACGCAUAACUUCCCUUACUCUCUCCAGAAGAGCGUCACAUUCGGGCAUCACGAUCCAGACAGCACCUGAAGUUGUUUACCAGGAAAUUGGAGCAAGAACAGUCGGACGAGAUAACAAAAAGCGAACAUUUAUGGUUCCUGGUUGCCAUCCAGAUAUUUCUCAUGAUGAAAACAUGGUUAAUGGUGAAGCAGGGUCAGAUCAAUACUCUUCCCAGUAUUCCCUGUCACGACCAGUUCUUCCUGAGCCCCUGCAAAACACUCAUAGAAAACUCAUUCGCCAAAGAUUCUCCUGCCCUGGAGAUUCCAAUAUUCAUCAAACAUAUUUUUACCGGCCGGGCUAUGGUCCGAUACCUUACAGACGUACUAACCUGAGACCUACCACAGUGAACGGUGUGAUAUUUGAUACCCGCUCGCUGCCUCACAAUCUAUCAUAUUUCCGAAACCCCACUUCUGUCCUUCCGCAACUGCCUUCUGUGUCCCGUUCAGACUACGCUGGCCAGGUUUCAGGUUCGGGGCACUCCGUAUCCCUUCCAAAGUGCUACAUUCUAGAACUUGACUCACAGACAACACCACCACAGGUACCGCACCUAGAGUACUCCGGAGGGGUAGAACAUACGGAGGACAUAGCUCGACCUAAAUACUACGUUCUCGAACCCAAUUCCCAGAGUCCUUCCCCUGUGCCACUUAUAGAAUACUCUGGACAGAUUCCCAGAUCAGAGGAAUUGUCAGUGCCCAAGUACUACGUUUUGGAACCUGGAUCACCCACACCACCACAAGUAUCUAAGUUAGAGUACUCAGGCCAAGCGGCACAUUCUGAAGAUGUGUCACUUCCCAAAUACUAUGUGCUGGAACCCAACCCCCAGACCCCUCCCCAGGUGUCUCAGCUUGAGUAUGCUGGGCAAGUUUCACAUUCUGAUGAUCUUUCUCUUCCCAAAUACUAUGUAUUGGAGCCAAAUUCACAGACCCCACCCCAAAUAGAAUAUUCAGGGCAGAUGGCACACUCAGAUGAGCUGGCAUUCCCAAAAUAUUACGUUUUAGAACCAAAUCCCCAAAAGUCGCAACAAGUACCACAUCUUGAGUACCCUGGGCAGAUGGCAGCAGCAGCAGCAGCAUCACUACCAAAGUACUAUGUUCUAGAACCAGACCUACCACCCCCACCACCAGUACCAUGUCUUGAAUAUCAUGGUUCUAUGACACACUUAGAACAAUUACCCCUCCCCGAGAAUUUCAUCCUUAACCCAGACUCACAGACCCCACCACAGGUACCCUGUCUCGAGUAUCCUGAACAGGUACCACGUUUAGAGGACUUACCACUUCCUGAUGAAUCUCUACUUCAACCUGACCCCCAGUCGCAGGUACUCUGCUUAGAGUACCCUGAACCACCACCUCCAUCAGAGCCAGCUGUAUCAGUGCCAGACACACAGUAUAACACUGCGGAUGAUAUACACCCAGUACACCCACCCAAUUUCAAGUCGCAGAGAAAACAACGUUGA